GGAUCACCCGCCAUCAUGAAUGACACAGUAACUAUCUGGACCAGGAAGUUCAUGACUAACCGACUACUUCAGAGGAAACAAAUGGUCAUUGAUGUCCUUCACCCUGGGAAGGCAACAGUACCAAAGACAGAAAUUAGAGAAAAACUAGCCAAAAUGUACAAGACCACACCUGAUGUCAUCUUCGUAUUUGGAUUCAGAACUCACUUUGGUGGUGGGAAGACAACGGGCUUUGGCAUGAUUUACGAUUCUUUGGAUUAUGCAAAGAAAAAUGAACCCAAACAUAGACUUGCAAGGCAUGGCCUGUACGAGAAGAAAAAGACAUCAAGAAAGCAGCGAAAGGAACGCAAGAACAGAAUGAAGAAAGUCAGGGGGACUGCAAAGGCUAAUGUUGGUGCUGGCAAAAAGGCGAAGGACUAAAGACUCUACAGUGAUGUUAUCUGCAGCCGUUGUAUAGAUGUUUUCACAAGGGGAUUAAUAAAGACUUUUCAUGUGAAA